AAAUGCUGAAGUGGAUCAAGGAAGGGGGAUCAAAAGGUGCUGUUAUGUGGUGGAGCAUGUAGACAUGGAAUGGGACCCGCGAGAACCAGUGAGAGCAACGCAAGAGAAGGUAGUGGCGGAGCUAGGGGCAGGCAUAAGUUGGGAUGCUGCACUGAAUGGUGCAAGGGCACAUCAGGUGAGAAGGUAUUGGCAAAACGGAGUAGUGCCAGAGAAGCUGAGACUAGGACUAGCCGACCUGAGGAGAGAUCCAAAACUCCUAGUGGAUGACAUACUGGAGCCAGGAAGAACGUCGGCUCCUGUAGAGAAGAGAGACCACCCAAAGCAGCUGCAAUGCAACAAGCUAGGCGAGCCGAGAAGGGCUUGGCCUACCUUGGUGGCCUAGGAGGGAGCACGUGGGUUUGUGCUGGAAGAUGGCAAGCCAGGGCCAGGCAUGGUUUAUGACAGAGAGAGAAGGCAGCGGGAGGAACCAACGUCGGUCGAGCGGGAGUUGGCAAUGGGCUACAUACCGGGGGCAACAGCAGCACGAGGGAUACAGGAGCAAGAGCGCAGGGCCACCCUGGGGCGGGCAAUGGAUCAGCAUGCACCACAGUGGCUGUUGAACGAGAUAAUGCAGCAGCGGCACAAAAGGGAGUCGAGCCAGCAGCAAGCAGGAGAGAGCAGUAGGCCUAUCAAAGCAAGCCGAGCAUACCUGACGCAAGAAGAAAAGCAAGGAGAGGCAAUAGAAGAUAAAGGCAAGACCACCUUUCAUGGAGUGGACGGCCUGUACGAAUGGAACGUGAUGCCGUUCGGGCUAAGGAACGUUGGAACGUGUGUUCCAAAGAGUCAUGGAUCAAGCGUUGAAGGCAGUGCAAGCAGCAGCGUGCUACAUUGACGACGUGGUGAUCUUCAGCAAGAGUGAAGAGGAACAUGCCGAGCACCUGGAAGCGACAUUGGACGCUAUAGCAGACGCAGGGCUUACUUGUCACCUGGAAAAAUGCAAGAUAGCCAGAAGAACAGUCGCCUACCUGGGAUUUGAAGUGCAAUGCGGGAUGGGGAUUCAAGAGGCCAAGGUGGCAGUGCUAGUUAAGCUCGGGGCACCAAAAGACAAGGGAGCACUGAGAGCACUCCUGGGGUUCCUGAACUAUUACAGGCGCUUCAUCCCCAACUUCAGCAAGAGAGCAUACAGGCUGAAUCAGCUGCUGAGGGGCAAGAAGUGGGAACCGGAAGAGGAGCAGGCGAGAAGGGAUUUGCUGGAGGCCAUCAAAGCAGGAACGGUACUGCAGCUGCCAAAGAAAGACGCCCCACACGGAUUGGAGCAGCAAUGACAGAGGAUGCGGCAGCAGUGACUGCAAGGGCGAGGAGUAGAGGAGGGCACUAUCGAUGGUUUCAGAGUCAGAUGCAGCUGCGCACGACGGAGGGAUGGAAAGUGGUGCCUAAGCCAGAAGUGAGAGAGAAUAUCGUGCAGCAAGUGCACGAAAAGCUGGGGCAUUAGGGGGGAGCCAGGACAAGGCAGCUACUAUGCACUACCUACUGGUGGGCAGGAAUGAGAAGAGACGUGGCGCAGUGGGUGCAGGUGUGUGAGGUAUGCCAGCGAAACAAGGCAGUGCUGGAGAAGGGCAGGGAAGACUGCAAUCACUGCACAUACGCGGCUUAGGAUUCAGGUGGUCCUUGGAUCUGGCCGGGGAAUUACCGUUGUCCAGGCAAGGGAAGAUGUACAUUGUCGCGAUGAUAGAGCAUACGACAAAGUGGGUGGAGGCAAGGGCCAUAGCCAGCAAGAACAGUGGGCUGAUCCGAGAGGCAUUUCUGGACCAAGUACUCACCAGAUUUGGGGCAUGCGGGGAGUUGCUGACAGAUCAAGUCACGGAGUUACAAGGCAGCUUUGCAGAGCUCUUAAAAGAAGUAGGUAUCACUCAAAGAGUGACAUCGCGGUACCAUCCUCAGUCCGACGGGUUGACAGAGCGGAUGAUACAGACGAUCUAAAGAGGAUUGCGGGUGUAUGGAGAGCAGAAGAAGAGAGAGUGGGAUGCUGAGCUGCCAUGGGUGCUGGCGGGCUAUCGGUUCGCAAAGCAAUCAGCUCUGACGGACAUGUCCCUGUACCACUUGCUGUACGGAAGAGAGCCAGUGCUGCCCGUGGAUGUGCCCACGCUCCUCACUGAGUCAAUGAAGGAAGAGUCGGCGGAGGCAUGGGCGGCGGCGGCUGUGCGAAGAGGGGAGUACUUUAAAAAAAAGUUGAUGUCGGCA